AGGUUCCAGUUCAGGGACUCGAUGAAGGUGCUGGGGAGGGCGGUGGAUCUCACGUACACGCACGCCCGGGGAGAGAAUCGGACGGUGGUGGACGGGGCGGUGGCAUUCGACGCGAGGAACAGGAUGGCGGUGAGCCACGCGCUGGGGACCAAGGAGUGGAAGGUGGGGUACACGUACGCGCACGGGGCACUCCGGCGGACGGUGGCGGAGACUUCCUACGACUUUAAAGGCAACGCCUGGUACUUCGCCGUGACGAGGAGGUUAGAAGGGGGUGAUGCCGUUAAGGCGACAUACGGGACCUCCUCCCAAGCCCUAGGCCUCGAGUGGGCCCGGAACUCUCCAAUUACCGGUACCUUCAAGGUUUCUGCAUCUAUCAAUGUGGCGGAGAAAAAUAUUGUUCCAAAACUUACAGCUGAGAGUACAUGGAAUUAUGAGAUAUGAUUUAUAGAAUUUUAAAAAAAUUCUUUGAUAC